CCGUCCCCGCACAAACCAUAUAUACCCAGACAACCCUAGUUUAGUUCAGGCACAGCAAACACACAAUCAACCUCCCACUCCCGGCGCACCAAAGGCAACGACGCACUGCUAAGUUAGCUACACGCACCAACACAUAAUGGCUUGCGCCUUCUUCUUCGACGCCGAGCCGGUCAGCGAGCCCGGCGUGCACGCCCUGGACGCGUGCGCACUCUGCACCAAGCCGCUGGCAAGGGACAGCGACAUCUUCAUGUACAGAGGGGACACGCCCUUCUGCAGCGACGAGUGCCGCCACGAGCAGAUGCGGCUCGAUGCCGCUUGCGCCAGGGCGGCCGCCCGGAGGCAGAAGCAGUUCUCUACGGGAACUGGGUCCGGGCGUGCACGCCGGGAGUGCUGGGAGGUGUCCGUCGCCAGCUAACCGGUGACGGUGCCAGGCUGCCUACGCACUAGAGCCAACAAGAUGUGCGUGCACGAAGACGCCGCCGUCGCCCGUGGCCAACUGAUCAGCGCGGGAUCGAGGAGACUCGCCUUGGUUGAAGAAGCAAGACGCGGGCCAUCGGAGUUGCUCCCGGCAGGCCGGCGAUGGAUGUGCCGCCGGUCAAGUGAUUUGGGCAUAAACGCAGCGGAAAAGGAGCUGCACUGGAUCUGAACAAGUCAACUCAAACGAGAUUCACCACGCAAUCAGGCGGCCAUGUGUGGCCCUCAACUCUCUCUUUUUUUUCCUGCGUUUAUAUGUCACUUCUGUUCUGUAUGAAGCGAAUUUGCAAUUGCACUUUCACUGGGUAAA